AGUUAAAUGCAAGACUGUAUUUAGUUGUGUGUUGUUCAACUAUAACAAGUACAAAGAUAAUGAAACUACGGACCUUUGGAGAUAUUCCAUUACAAUGAAGAGAUACAUUGUGCGAGAACUGUGCGUGAAUUCUGGACACUUCUUUUGCUCUAAAAAGAUACGAAGUGCUGGAGUAACUCGACGGGUCCGGCAGCAUCUCCGGAGAACAUGGACGGGACGUUUCUGGUCGUGACUCUUCUUGAGACCCUCUGGAGGACAUGGGUAGUUAACCUAUCAGGUCGGGACCCUGCUUCAGACUUCUUUGGCUUGUAAACCAGCAUCUGCAGUUCCUUUGUAUCUGAUUCAUUUUCCUUGUGAGUUCACCGCCCAACAGCUGAAAAGCCCCGCUGUAGAAUUUAAAGAUAGGAUUUUAAUUUCAGCAAUGCCCGCAUGAAUCGCGGUCAUAAUGACAGUAGUAGGAUACACUGUCGCAACGUUUAUUUUCCACGAAAUCAUGUGUUUAAAUUUACUGGGCUGGCUUCUUUACGCUGCGCUCGCUGAUAGGAACCAGGGCUGUUCGGGGGCGGGGUGGGAAUCUGCUGCCGGCUUUUAUCCUUGCCUGUGUGUGUGAGGCUGAGUCAAUGCUGAGAAACAGCAUCAUCUGUAUUCUUGGACUCCGCGCUGACUCGCUUCUGACAACGCAGCGAGGCUCAUCGGGUUUCUGCUUUCUGGACGUAUCGUUUAAAGAUUAACUAAGUGACCGAUAAAAUGCACUGUUACAGAAGUCAUAAUCUCAAUUGUCUCUUAGCUACCUUAGGGUUGCUCAUAUCUUGUUCUCAAGGUGUGGAAUACAUCACUACAUGUGGACUCAGGUGUUCUCAGGGUCUACAAUGUAGAAGCAAACAUGUGGCUACUCGUUACCAUGAGAGUGGCUGUCACCAACAACCAUCAUCAAUGCCCUCAAACAUUUUUGAGGACCUCAAAAUAUUGACAGUGUUGAAAUGCAUGAAGGAAAGACAAUGUUCCCUAUUUCUGAAGGUUAAAGGGACAUUGAUACUCAAUGAACACAUCCGUGGUGUGGAGAUAUGCUCUUCUUCGACGAACUACUUUCAAACCCAAUGUAUAACUGUGAAAUUCAAUAAACAGAAUUAUAAGGAGUUCAUUGCACAACCUGUGUUUGUUGAGUAUGAUUGCUUCAGUACUUCAAUUGCUGAGCGUAGUUCUGUCACCAUUCGAACAAUCCCUUACUAUUGUGGUGUUGAUCUACAACAAGAGCAUCGAGUAGAAGAUUGUACAGAUAAAGAUAUUGGACGAAAUAUCCCAACUUGCAGAGUUGGUAAAUUGGACUAUGUUAUUGAAAAAAAACGGAAGACAUUAUCAGUCCAAGUCUCAGACUUCCUUGAAGAUCAUGCCUACCAUGUCCGUUUAUGCCUCAAAUGGUUGGUGUGUGAAGAUUUGAGAACAAGUGCAUUGAUUGAGGUAGAAGACCCCAAAACUGUCACUUUAUCAUACUCACACAUCUUGCCCUGCCUGUGCAUUGAGGGCUGGUCAGCACUUCCUGAUGCUACGAGGAUCCAAGUUUGUCCAUUUAAAAACUAUACGGAGGAACUCUGGAAUGACAUAACAUACAAUCACAUAUUGCAGGAGUUGGCAUGGAAACUAUCCUGCCCUGUUGAUGUUGAUGUAACUCUCUGCUCGAUGGAUGAAAACAAUGAGCAUUGCAUCGAUCUACAGGACUCACUCUACAAAGCACCGUUCCAGGUAAAGAAAUUAAAUUAGAAUUUAAAUACAUUGCGAUGAUAACAUGACAAAUCUCCCAUCAUAAUUUUUGUUUUAAUUUGGAGGAUGGUGGAUAUAUGGAAUGAGCUCUAGAGGAGAUAGUUGUGGCAGGUAAAGGG